UUUGCUGACCUUCAUGUUCUGCUACCCUAGCCGUGGGUUGCAACAACAACACCAUAAAUGGCAUAUGGCAAUACCCAUUCACCGCUUCACCUAGAUACUGAACUGAACGGUGAUUGGCUGGCACAAGUCCAACUGACAAGGAUAAUUUUGCCGCCCGAUUCUGCUCAUUCUUCUCCCUUGCACCGAACAAGAGCCCCAGCCACUGACACAGCACCAACCCUUGAGAAAUGAUAAGAGAGCUUGAUUUUUCCCUUCUUUUCUUGUUCAAGAACAAGAUUUAGAAGCUUGAAAUCUACCCCCUGCAGGAAAAUUUCCGGAUCUGCUCUGCUCUGUUCCUUCCGUCUGCUGCUCUUCAUUGUGUGGGUGUGAUUUUCCGGUUUCUGAUGCCCUAAAAUUCUCCUUCAUUCCUGUCGGCCUUCCCCAAUCUGUAGCUCUGGUUUGCUUGCUGAAAAAUUCUGCUAGUGAGACCCAAGGCAUGGUUAACCAAGGGGAGUGACGAGCUAGACAACUAGUUAGUAUUUUGGACUUAGAUUUUUUUUGGUUUUGGGGUUUUCGGCGCAUGUUUUUGAUAUAUGUGUGCUGUUAUAUCUUUUUUUUUUUUGUAUAUUGAGUUUCCCUUGGUUAUGGCCAUGAUCGUUUUAUAAACUUUUGUACAUCUG